CGUCAGCUCACUUACAGUGACAGCAGCGCUCAUCUCACUGAUUUGAUCUCAGGAUUCUGGGGGAACACUGGUAAUUAAAAUGUCGAUCACAGCGGACGAGAUUAAGGAUAAAUUACACUCUUCAGGAGAUGACCUCGUUUUCUUCGUUAAUGGAAAAAAGAUUACGGAGAAGAAUGCAGAGCCUGAGAUAACCCUCUUGACAUAUUUGAGGAGAAGCUUGGGUCUGACAGGAACCAAACUGGGAUGUGCUGAAGGAGGUUGUGGAGCCUGCACUGUAAUGGUGUCCAAAUAUCAUCCACAUCAGAACCGGAUUAUUCACUAUGCGGUUAAUGCCUGUUUGGCUCCUCUCUGCUCUUUGCAUCACUGUGCAAUAACAACCGUGGAGGGCAUCGGCAGUGUGGCAAGCAAACUCCAUCCUGUACAGGAGCGAAUUGCAAAGACUCAUGGGUCACAGUGUGGGUUCUGCACGCCAGGAAUUGUGAUGUCUAUGUACGCUCUUUUAAGAAACAACCCUCAACCCACCAUGCAUGACAUUCAGGAGGCCUUUCAAGGCAAUUUAUGUCGCUGUACUGGGUACAGACCUAUUCUGGAAGGCUACAGGACAUUCACAAAGGAUGGGGGAUGUUGUGGUGGGAAAGGACAAACGAAUGGCUGCUGUAUGACUAAUGGAAACACACAAGAGCAUGUCAAUGACAAUUCAACACUUUCAGCUCAGAAAUUGUAUGACCAAUCAGAGUUUAUGCCACUGGACCCGACACAAGAGAUAAUUUUCCCGCCUGAGCUCAUGAGUCUGAGUAAACAGCCCCAAAGAGAGCUGAGGUUUAUAGGGGAAAGAGUGUCUUGGAUUCAACCCAGCUCCCUCAAGGAACUCCUGGAGCUGAAGGCGACCUAUCCAAACGCUAAACUAGUGGUUGGGAACACAGAAGUUGGCAUUGAGAUGAAGUUCAAAAACCUUCUUUACCCUGUGAUUCUGGCACCAGCUUACAUCCCAGAACUGAACAUCAUCCAACACACUCAGGAUGGCAUCCAGGUUGGCGCAUCAGUGACGUUGACUGUGUUGGGGGAUGUGUUGCAUGCAGCGGUGAAGAAGCUGCCCGCUCAACAGACGGAGAUCUUUAAGGCUGUUCUUGAGCAGUUGCGCUGGUUUGCAGGACAGCAGAUCCGAAAUGUUGCGGCUGUUGGUGGCAAUAUUAUGACAGCGAGUCCCAUUUCAGACCUUAACCCUGUGUUUAUGGCAGCUGGCUGCAAACUCACGGUGAUGUCCAAAGGGGAGAAACGUGUUCUUGAAAUGGAUGACAAGUUCUUUCCUGGUUAUAGGAAGACCGUUUUGAAGCCAGAGGAGAUUCUGUUGUCCAUUGAGAUUCCAUACACAAAACAGGGCCAGUACUUCUCAGCCUUCAAACAGUCCCCUCGCAAGGAGGAUGACAUCUCCAUUGUCACAUGCGGGAUGAAUGCAUUCUUCAAGGACCAGUCCAAUAUAGUGGAGAGUAUCCGGAUAAGCUAUGGAGGAAUGGCCCCUGUGACUGUCCUUGCCACGGCCACAUGCAACAGGUUGCUCAACAGGCAAUGGAACGAGGAGCUUCUAGAGGAAGCCUGCACCUCAUUGGCUGAGGAGAUGAGUCUGUCUCCCUCAGCUCCUGGUGGGAUGGUGACAUAUAGGCGCACACUGACUAUCAGCCUCUUCUACAAGUUCUUCCUCACUGUCCAGCACAAACUGGCUCUGAACCUGCAGAUGGAGGGUGUGACUGUGGAAGACAUCAGGCCUGAGUAUGCUACUGCUACUGAGCUCUUCCAGUUGGACUCACCAUCCAGUGUACAACUCUACCAGGCAGUUCCCCCUGGUCUUAAUAGUGAUGAUGUAGUGGGGCAGCCGAUCAUGCACCUCUCCGCUCUUAAGCAGGCCACAGGAGAAGCGGUCUACUGUGACGACAUACCCUGUUAUGAAAAUGAGCUCCAUUUGGCUUUGGUCACAAGCACUAAAGCUCAUGCCCUCAUAAAAUCAAUUGACACCUCUGAUGCAAUAGCGGUUCCUGGAGUGUUUGCAUUUAUCUCUGCCAAAGACAUUCCAGGAAGUAACAUAACAGGACCUAUUUUCUAUGACGAGACCGUUUUUGCCGACGAUAAGGUCACAUGUGUUGGACAUAUAGUGGGGGCCAUUUUGGCAGACACACAGGCUCAUGCUCAGAGAGCAGCCAAAGCUGUGAAGAUCAGCUAUGAGGAACUGCAGCCUGUGAUUGUCACUAUUCAGGAUGCUAUUACCAACAAGUCCUUCUAUCAGCCGGUGAGAAGUAUAGAGAGAGGAGAUGUUGCACAAGGAUUCAAAGACUCUGAUCACAUACUGCAUGGUGAGAUGCACAUUGGAGGACAGGAACAGUUUUAUUUGGAGACUAAUUGCACGCUGGCUGUCCCUCGUGGAGAGGAUGGAGAAAUGGAGCUGUUUGUUUCCACACAGGCGCCCUCCAAGACUCAAGCCCUUGUGGCUAAAGCUCUAGGAGUGUCUGCCAACCGGAUCGUGUGUCGUGUAAAGAGGAUGGGAGGAGGAUUUGGAGGGAAAGAGAGUCGGAGCACCAUUCUCUCCACAGUGGUUGCUGUUGCCGCGCAUACGGCCAAGCGACCGGUUCGCUGCAUGUUAGAUCGCGAUGAGGACAUGCUGGUCACAGGUGGUCGGCAUCCAUUCUUUGGUCGUUACAAGGUUGGUUUCAUGAACAGUGGAAGAGUGAUGGCACUUGAUGUGACACUCUACAGCAAUGCAGGCAAUUCACAGGACCUGUCAUUGUCAAUCCUGGAGAGGGCACUGUUCCACAUGGAUAACUCCUACAACAUUCCUAACAUUCGUGGCACAGGCUACAUGUGUAAAACCAACCUGCCAUCUAACUCUGCGUUCAGAGGCUUCGGUGGGCCGCAGGGCAUGAUGAUCGCAGAGAGCUGGAUGAGUGAUGUGGCUUUGAGCUGUGGUCUGCCGGCAGAAGAGGUGAGGAAGUUGAACAUGUACAAGGAGGGAGAUCUCACGCACUUUAAUCAACGUCUGGACCAGUUUACCAUUAAUCGCUGCUGGGAGGAGUGCAUGCAGAUCUCAGACUUCAACAAGCGCAAGGAUGCAGUGGAACAAUACAACAGGCAGCACCGUUGGACCAAGAGAGGGUUGUCCAUCAUUCCCACCAAGUUUGGCAUCAGCUUCACUGCUGUCUUCCUCAACCAGGCAGGAGCAUUAGUACUUGUGUAUGCAGAUGGUUCUGUUCUACUAACUCAUGGUGGAACAGAGAUGGGACAGGGCCUGCACACUAAAAUGGUCCAGGUGGCCAGUAAAACUCUUGGAAUCCCCAGCACAAAGAUUCACAUCUCAGAGACCAGCACUAACACAGUUCCCAACACCAGCCCUACGGCCGCCUCUGCCUCCUCAGACCUUAACGGCAUGGCCGUCUAUAAUGCUUGCCAGACUUUACUACAAAGACUUCAGCCUUACAAAGACAAAAACCCCAAAGGCUGCUGGGAGGAUUGGGUGAAAGCAGCCUAUUUUGACAGAGUAAGCCUGUCUGCCAAUGGAUUUUACAAGACUCCAGAUCUUGGCUAUGACUUUGACACAAAUUCAGGAAGGGCAUUUAACUACUUUAGUUAUGGCGUGGCCGUCUCAGAGGUGGAGAUAGAUUGUCUAACUGGCACACACAAGAAUCUUCAUACGUCCAUAGUCAUGGAUGUGGGCAAGAGUUUAAAUCCAGCAUUGGACAUUGGACAGGUGGAGGGCGGGUUCAUGCAAGGUUUAGGCCUGUUCACGCUAGAGGAACUCCGCUACUCCCCUGAUGGUUACCUAUAUACUCGCGGACCUGGCAUGUAUAAGAUUCCCGCAUUUGGGGAUAUUCCAAUUGAAUUAAAGGUCUCGCUGCUCAGAGACGCUUCCAACGAGAGGGCCAUCUUCUCAUCAAAGGCUGUGGGCGAGCCUCCUCUUUUUCUGGCGGCCUCAGUGUUUUAUGCCAUUAAAGAUGCCAUCACUGCUGCCAGGGCUGAGUCUGGCCUGACUGGACCCUUCAGACUGGACAGCCCCGCCACUCCUGAACGGAUACGAAAUGCCUGUGAGGACAAGUUUACUAAACUGUGUCCUCCUGCGGAUCCUGGCACCUUUAUUCCAUGGGCAGUGCAUGUGUAAGACACAGCAAACUCAAUUUAAAGUCAACAUGAAAUCAAAAUGGACCCUAGUAUGUACAUUCUUAAUGCACAUUCUUUGUCUUGUGGAAUGAUUCAUCGGUGCAUGUUGUUCCAAAGAAA